GGCCUCCUCCCCUCACGGCCUCCUCCUUCCACCCCUCCGAUCUGGCGCCGCCCAAACCCUAACGCCCCGCCCCGGCCUCGGCUCCCACAGGAGGGAAGGAGGAAUGGCGAGGCGAGGCAAAGGCGGUGGCGUAUGGGACGCGGCACGGGCGGCGUGCCCCAGGGGGUCGGCCUCCUCCUCCCCUACGCGGGCUUCGAUCGUGGAUCUUUGGGUCAUCUGCAGGUCAAUCCCUCUUCUCCACAUACUUUUCAAUCUUCCUUUAGGGCUAGGUGUAUGCUGGUAUGACCAUGUGGUUUUUUAGGUUCGCUAUAUUCUGUUGUCGCGCGUGGUGGUGUGUAGGCUGGGAAGUGAGGGCCUUAUUUUGUUUUUUCUUGUCUUUGGUAAAAGCCAAAAGUGCUACGACUUGUUAUUGGUGGAGCAGAGAUUUAUGUAUUUUAUUAUUUGUCUGCAUCCUUGUAAGGCGUGUGAUCAUCUGUUGGUGGAGUGUUGGUGUUUUUGUUGCUUUCAGUCUAGCUAGGCUCCAAGGAAGGGCCUUUUUGGAUCUGUCUUGUUUUCUUAUUAGCUUCUUGUCCAGGGGAGCAUUGGAUCUAGGUACGUUUUUUUUAGAGAAAGACUAUAUGGGAACCCCCUACAGUAUAAUUGGUGCAACAAACCAAAAUUGCAAGUACCAUGCCUUGAACCUGGGUGGGUGGGAAGGCAUCAGCCCCUUCCCACCACUAGGCUAUGCCUUAAUCUGCUGGAUCUAGGUACGUUCUUAAUGAAACAUGCCAUUGUUGUUGUGGAGAGGUUUAGGCCUGCAAGUUUGUCGGGGUUGUAUGAUAAUGAGGAGUAUGCCAUGAGAUGCUUUACUGUUUUGGUGUGCCCUUUUUGUUUGGUGUUUCUGGAUAAAUGAAUGGACCUGCUGAGAGACUAAGGCAAAUAUAGAGGGAAUGGAGUUUUGGAUCUGUCUUGUUUUGUUGGUACCAUGUUGUCCGGGGGGCAUUGGAUCUAGCUACAUUUUUUUAAUAAAGUAUGUCUUUGUUGUUGAGGUGGGGUUCAGGCCUCACAGGUGGGUCAUACGCUAAUUAGAUGGAUUCAUAUUUUUUGGAUGAAUAGAUGGAUCUUGUGGGAGAUGAAGCCUACAGAUUUACUAUAUGGAUCAGAUGAUAGCCGAGGACUAGAAUGGAUUCAAUUGUCUUGGAGAUGUUUCUGUAAUAUGAUAGUUAGGAGAUGCUUUGCCGCUUCAGUUGUGCCCCUUUUGAUUGGUAUUUUUGGAUGAAUAAAUGGAUAUUCCGAGGGAUGAAGGCUAAAAUAUAUUCAGUUGUAUUCCUCCUGUGCUGCCUUGUUGAAUGCAAGCUGCUCCAUCUAGGAAUCUAGCAGUUUUCCCUACCUUGUUUGAAAGCUUUUUCUUCGUGUAUGUGUGUGUGCUUAUAUUAUGUCUCUAAUUAAUUAGGUGGAUGUACCAGUGUCAGUAUUGACAUGGUUGCGUCUUUCUUUAUAUUCGUUUAGAUCUUUAGUUCACCGCACAGUGCUGAUUUUUGUUGUUCCAAACUGAAGCUCUUAUGGACUGCAUAUUAUACUAGAUGAUAUGAAGGUGUCCAAACAUGUGGCAUAUCAAGAUUGUCAGGCUCUGGUGUUAGGUCCUGGCAGAUUAACUAUAUUAUUAUCUACUUCAGGUUUUUGUGCAUUUGGUUCUGGUUGUUUUGAUCUGACUAAGUGACACCUAGGUUUCAUUGAUUUCUUGGGAUUGUUCAUUAUCUUGAGCCAUGCCUGGUACUGAAUCUGAAUGUUUCCAUCUUCGGUACCAUGGCACGGCAUUGGCGGCGGCAUCUUGGUGAAGAAGAGGACGGCAGUAGCUUAGGGAGGAAGAUGACACUGGCAACUUGCAGUGUAAGAGGCUGACGAUGCCGCCGUUGAUGUUCUCCGGCAGUACCUAUUCAGAGGGCACACUGAGAAGGUUUCUUGAAGCAGCCAAUCAUUACAACAUAAGACUGCUGCUACCGGUCAUCAAUAUUUAUUCUGUAGGAUAGCACAUGGAGCAUUACAGGAUUGUAUGUACUAACCAUCAAAAACAGUACCUGGAAAAUGAAGUACUCCUCUUUAGCGUAAUGGGCCACCAGAUAAGCCAGUUCUCUGCAAUGCAUGUGGGUCAAGAUGGAGGAUAAAGGGUGCGUCCGUGAAUUAAACACCGGCGCAUAAUCGGGAAGAUACUGACGCUGGCGAAGCUGGACCUGACAAGCUAAAGCUCAAGGGACAAAAACGUCCGAAGAAAUUACCAAACCGAAGCAUAGUGAAGGAUGAACCAUGGUCUGACCGGCGCUUGUUGAUGAUCUCAACUCCAUAAUGCACGAAGAGCGGUUAUAUUGCCUUUCAGCAGGAUCAACACAGGAAGACCUACUUUAUCAUAGCGAAACUCCUGCUGGAUCCUUUGAGAUUGUCUAUGGAAGCGUGCUCCUUCGACAUCCAAACACAAAAUCAGAGGAAGAAUCAGAAGCGAACUAUGUUCCUGCAGAUACCAACUGAUACAUUACAAGUGAAUCCUAUUCAGGUUGUGGCUCAUUCAUUGCGCAUAGUGAAAUCAAAGUAGCGAGCAACCCAAAUACUGUAUCUGAGAAGUUAAAGUGGUCACUAAUGCAGACAAAUGAUGGUGCUAAAAGGGAUGAGCUUCAUUACUCGAACAAGCAUAUCUUGGAGAGCGCACAUUCAGCUUUUGUUUUGGUAGCUUUAGAGGAAAAUUACAGUAAGGAAGUUGGAGGCCUUAUCAAGUCCAACAUGUGGUCUCUGAAAAGACCUUAUGAAAGCCAGCCACAAAGCUUCAUAGAUGCAGAAGUGAGAGGAGGAGCCAUGAGAAUAGCUCCUUCGAGAUCCAGGGCUGUGGCUUCUUCUUGUCAGUUGAGAAGAAGCGUAUUUUUGCCGAAAACUGGCAAUGCCACCGGAGCAGCAGCAACAUCACUCAACCUGUUCAUGUUAGCCCCAGAUAAAUUAUCAUCCAUGCUGAACCCCGCGGACAAGGAUUCUGACCAAGACUCGCUGCUGGAGGUUGCCGCCGUCGCGGAGCUGGAUGAGGUCAUGGCGUCUUCAAGCUUUUUUAGGCUGAUGCUCCUCUGUCCACAGAAUCUCGGAGCAGCAAGGUGUGUUGCUGCUACUCCCUACACCUCUUGAUGUUACCAUUCUCCAUCCACAGCUACCAUUUGGAGAAAAAGCUAUCCAGAAAUAAGAUUCACGGGAGCCCUCGGACGCUCACAGAGCUCAGCACAAUCCGGCCGUUUUGCUUAGUGUAAUCACCCAAGUGCUUAGAUUAUUGAGUAGUGGAAAUCAUGUGGUUUUGCCUUACUUUCUUUCUCAUUUUAGAUCCUGCCUUAACCAUACGAAGUAGUUUGAUGCCUGACAAAUAGGUUGAGCCUAUAAGGUUGACUGUGAAAAAUAAACUGAGCUUAUAAGUUUGACUGCCAUGUUAUUGACUUUCUUUUGACUGCAACCAUCUCUCUCCAUUCCUAUUUCUCAAGUGGGAGUAGUGUCACUUCCAGGAAAUAGGUCUCUGUAUGCUUAAUGCAUGUACCUGGAUUCCUUUUUAU